UCUCUGGACUUGGCCAGAGAAAUUAGGGUGUCACGGACUGACCCUGGUUUAAUUUAUUAAUUUCCAGGAAUCUACACCAACUAAAAAUGAUAUGGAAGAAUAUUUAAACAGUAGUAAACACAAAAAGAAAAGUUUAAAUCAACAACCUUCACGUUUUGAACGAGGCCGUUUGGGUUUAAUUACUUUUUUGAAUAAUAUUACGGCUUCGCCAACAAGUUCUGAUUUGGAUAAUACUUCUGAAGAAUUAUUUAGAAAAAAUGUUCGUAGUCACAGCAUAACCUCCUCAACAACAACACCAACCGCAACCUCCCACCACCACCCUCAAAUAAAAAUACCAGAAUACAAAAAUAUCAAUAAAUCAACCAAAAGUUUGAGUGGAAAAUUGACCGUCUCUGAAAAAUUUGGAAAUGAAAAUCAUCAAAAAGAGGAAAAAGCGUUGUCUGUUGGUGAUGUCCCUUUAAACAGUGGUGGAAAAAUGGAAAAUUCAAUCUCUAAUGAAUUCAAUAAGGAAAAUGGAAAUGUGACAGAAAAUCAAAAUUCGGCUGCUCCGGCAGAUAAACUUUCGAUUAAAAGUGGUGUUAGUAUGGCGGCUUCUUCAAAUUCGGGUCCGUCAGAAUCAUUAUUUUCUGCCGGAUCAGCUCAAAGCAAUACAUCAGGAAUUAAAUCAUGCAUGAAACAGGAAUGCCCAAUUUGUUGUAUUAGACAAUCUGCACAAAAUUUUUAUCGAUUUAAAGCCUGUAUGCAUAUUUUUUGUAAAGGAUGCCUUGUUAAGUUUAUUAGUGUUGAAAUUGCAGAAAGCAGAACAAACAUAUCAUGCCCAGAAUGCCCUGUCUCUCUUCAAAUUAGCGAUAUUUACAAUUUACUUUCUCAUCAACCCGAAAUGCUGGAACGCUUUGAAUUAUAUUCGUUACGUCGUAUUUUGAGUAUAGAUCCAGAUACUCGUUGGUGUCCAGCUCCGGAUUGCACAUAUGCAGUUAUAGCAACUUCUUGUGCUGCCUGUCCCCAAUUAAAAUGUGAACGUUGUACUACAAUGUUUUGCUAUCAUUGUAAAAGUUAUUGGCAUCCAAACCAAACUUGUGAUCAAGCUAGAUCGAGAUCGUUUUUCAAUUCUCCGUUAGUUUCGUCUCUUCGUUCGUCUUUACCUACUACUAAUAAUAAUCUUGUUGAGUCUACACGUGGUGGAAAUUUUGUUAUUUCUGGAGAUGAAAUGAAAGCUUGUCCUCGUUGUGGAGCGUUAAUAACAAAGAUGCAAUGUGCUUUGUGCAAUGCUGAAUUUUGUUGGCUUUGUUUAAAGCAAAUUAAUGAGCUACAUUAUUUGAGCCCAACAGGCUGUACAUUUUGGGGAAAAAAGCCUUGGACUCGAAAAAAGAAGCUUUUAUGGCAAAUUGGUACUUUAAUUGGAGCGCCAUUAGGGAUUGCUUUAAUUGCUGGAUUGGCUGUUCCAGGAAUUAUUUGUGGUGUUCCUAUAUUUAUUGGAAGGAAGACAUAUCAACGAUUUUCUAAUUUAUCUAGAACGAAAAGGCAAUUGGCAACUGCUUUAAGUGUUGUUGGUUCAUUGGUAAUUUCACCGGUUUUAGCUGUUAUGACUGUUGGUGUUGGUGUUCCGAUAAUGUUAGCUUAUGUUUACGGAGUUGUUCCUUUAUCUUUAUGUCGUAAUGGAGCUUGUGGAGGCGGGGGAGGUGGAGGAACUUCUCAAAAUGAAGAUAAUGUUGGGGGUAAUUCUACCUUUAGAGAUGAAGAAGAAAAAAUUGUUUUGACUUCUGAAGGAAAUAAAAAUGUGAAUAAUAAUAAUAGAGAAAAUAGUAGUACAACAAAAACAACAAGUAAAUCAUCUUUUCAUCAACGUCGACAAAGUAUUGCUUCUUUUGGUUUGGUCAGUCUAACAGACAAGCCAAAUACAGAGGAUGCUUCAAUUCAGGCAAUUGCUGGUUCACAAUAUAAUUAUGAUAAUCGAAGUGUUCACACAAUUUGGUCAAGUGGAUGUCAUGUGGGUGUUAUAGAAUCGGUGCAUGGAGUUAAUAUUAAUGGGGAAGAUGCUGAGAAUGCUUCAACAAUGGCCUGUUGUAGUGCCUCAAUCGCUGCUCAAGCAAGUGAAAGACGUUCUUUAACAGGAAGUAAUAGUUCUUUCAAAACCCGUCCACGUUCAUCAAUUUCGAAUAGUCGAGGAGUUUCAGAAGAGCCAGGCAAAAUCCCUGCAAAAUUUACAAGAAAAGUUUCGGUUAAACACGUUGAGGGAAUUAAUGGAGUUAGAGAAAUUGGAGGUGGAGGAAGCUCUGUUGAUGAAAGAAUUCGUCAAGAAAUAUUUCUACCGCCUUCGUCUUCAAGUCAACCUGGUGGUGGUGGUGGUUCUGCAAAUAUUACUUUUUCUAAUAAUAAUGAUUUGGAGCAAAAGAAAAAGUCACGGUUUUCUUUACGUUCAUUUGUACGUCAUCCAAUAAACACAAUUAGGGGUAAGAGAAAGAAUUUUAAUGCUGUUGAUGCCAAGGAAUAG